AUGGCUGCGAAUGCAUGGACAAUAGAAGAGAACGAGGAGCUGAAGAACGCAGUGCAGUGGUACCCUGCGUAUUUACCCAAUCGGUUCGAGUGUAUUGCCCGGUGUCUAGGGAAAUCGGUGGUCGAUGUUAUGAAGCAUUACCAGGAUAUGGUCGAUGAUCUUCUAGAGACCAGAACGAGUCCAAUAGAUUUUCCUUAUUGGAUGAUUUAUGGAAUUAAGCCGAGUUGGGACAAAGAAGAACAUGAGCAUUUUCUGAAUGGACUAGCGAAAUAUGGAAGAGGAGACUGGAAGCACAUAUCUAGAAAGAGUGUGAUGACAAGGACACCAAUGCAAGUCGCAAGCCAUGCACAAAAGUAUUUCCUGAGGCAAGAUGUCGAGGAGAAGGCAAAGAAACGCUCCAGUAUCCAUAACAUAACUUUGAUAGAUCAUGCUGCUAACAAUGUAAACACACCUCAAUCCGACUUGGAGUACUCUACGCUGGGCCAGCCACCUUCUGAUCAGUAG